AAAAGUCUUUAUUGUCACUCUUGAUCAAUUUAAGAUUAAUAAAUGCUGUAAAAUGUUUUUCAUUUCUAGUUCAUGAUACCUAAAAAAGCUCUAAUGUUAAUGAAUUGAACAUUAUCGUAAAAUGUUAGUGAAAAACUAAUGACAAACUAUUUAUACAUUCCAGACAAAUGGGCCACAGUGUCUUUCUCAAUCCGUAGAUUAAAUUAGGCCUGAACUGUUCUCUUCACCCACGUGCAUGACCAUGUGUGCAUGUAUGCGCAGGCAUGCAUCGGGUCCCUCUCGUGAUUUUCAAAUGAGUCAUUGUUCAGAAUGAAUGGUAGGGGAAGCACACACACACUAGUUCAUUCAGGAACGCCUUUGUGUAGGAACAUACACGCAGAUACACACACUGUUACAUCCGCAGCCCCCAGAAUCUUCGCAUACGAAAGCAAAAGAGCUCAAAGGGUGGAUGCUGGUUUUUUCUCUGUCAACUUGUAUCAUACACUGACCCACUGAUCGGAUACUGGAUCGUCAUUGGAUUAGUCCUGGACUCCCUCAAAGCCAAAGAGAAGAAGAUUGUGCCUUUAGUUCACCUGCAUCGGAGACAUUCAGUGGAAAAGGAAAUAUUAAGAGACAUAAGCAACCACAUGAAUAUAAAUGGAGAGACACUGAAAAUUGCUGGUAUUUUUCUUGUGGAGGUAAAGAAGACAGAUCAUCAACAGGAUGGAAUCAGAUGAGUUGUGUCAGAUGGGCAGUAGCAGCAGCAGUAGACUCUUCAGUACUCUGGCGCAGACUUUGAGCAGCGCUGCAUUGGCAGACCCACAUGUGGAUCCUGACGAAUACGAGUAUGAACAGGCUGACCCAGACGCACUGUUGCGUGAAUGCGAGGAGGUUUUGAGGAACCGCCCCCCUCGACUGCACAGAGACUUUGUUAUGACCAGACCCUGUUCGCUGCAGAACGCACCGCUGCGCAUCAUGCAGUGGAACAUCUUAGCGCAAGCUCUGGGUGAAGGAAAGGACAGUUUUGUGCGCUGUCCGAUGGAGGCUUUGAACUGGUCUGAGAGGAAGUAUCUCAUACUGGAAGAGAUCCUUACCUACAGGCCAGAUGUGCUGUGCCUGCAGGAGGUGGACCACUACUUCGACACUUUCCAGCCUGUGCUCGCCAGCUUGGGCUACCAGAGCAGCUUCUGCCCCAAGCCUUGCUCCCCCUGCCUGGACGUUCACAAUAACAAUGGCCCCGACGGAUGCGCUCUGUUCUUUAACCGCCGUCGCUUCCAGCUGCUCCACACCACUCACCUCAGACUCUCUGCCAUGAUGCUCAAAACCAACCAGGUGGCUAUCGUGGCUACGCUUCGCUGCAGACUCACAGGUCGAGUCUUCUGCGUGGCAGUAACGCACCUGAAAGCGCGAAGCGGCUGGGAGGCGUUUCGUAGCGCACAGGGGGCUCAUCUUCUCCAGCAGCUCCGUGAUAUAACCACACAGUCGUACCCAGAGAUGGAUCAGGAAAACCAGACUAGAGUUGGGGACGGUGAAGAGGGUAUUCCGUUGGUGGUAUGUGGGGAUUUCAACGCGGAGCCCAGUGAGGAAGUGUACAGGCGCUUUAUGACUUCUCCGCUGGGGUUAGACAGUGCUUACAAGUGUCUGAGUGAGGACGGGACUACGGAGCCGCCCUACACCAGCUGGAAAAUCCGGCCCAGCGGAGAGAGCUGCUCCACGUUGGACUAUAUUUGGUACUCGGAAAGAGCGUUCCAGGUGGACGCUGUGCUGAGGAUACCGAGUGAAGAGCAGAUCGGGCCGGACCGGCUUCCCUCAUACAAUUACCCCUCUGAUCAUCUGUCACUGGUGUGUGAUCUUAGCUUCAGUCAGCAGCCUCAUAGGCUCAUGUAGCUGUCAAUCAUUGGUGCUCUCCUAUAGGGAUUCAGAGCAGCUAAAUCAUUCUUAGAGCAUAUGUGUGCGUGUAUGUCUGAAUGUGAGAAUGCAUUAUUUGUAUUAAUGCUCAGAAUGUAAAUUAUCUUAUUAACAUAAACUUUAUUUUUACCUGCUCAAGUAGGUCUUAAUGCACCUCUAUGCUUAUUAUUUUCCUUGAGGGAGAUCAUUAUCACGCUCUUAUUGUUUGUUAUACAGAGGUUGUGCAAUAUACUGUAACUUAUUAAGUGCUAAAGGAUGAUCUCAGGAAGACGCACAUUCUCAAUUUAAAGGUUCCAGAAGUAAAAGGAUGUUUAUAUUUAUAUUGACUGUAUUUUUUUUCUUUUAGUAGCACUGUAAUCAUCAAUAUGUUUGCCACUGACCAAUAAUAUAAAACAUACUGUAACAGUGUA